CAUUGGAACAAAGGCAGAGACCGGUAGGCCGGUAGGCGACAGCGGCUGUAGGCUCUAGCGGAAAACAAACGCCCAGAGCAGUGGCGGUCGGUCCAAGAUGCUGAGCCUGAUCUUGUCCCACCUGCUAGCAGUCUGGCUGCUCCUGAGCCUACAUGCCAGAGAGAUUCCAGCCGAAGAGAACGAAGUGGUAAAGGCAUGCGGCCGCGAGUACGUCCGCCUCCGAAUCCAGAUCUGCGGCUCGAUCUCCUGGAGCAAAAGGAAUCGGCAGCAGCGGGGGCUCGGGCAGGCACCCUCCGCACUCUCAGAACUCGUGUCCUCCUCCUCCUCCGCCAGUGGUACAGAAACCUUGAAUGGGAAGCUGGAAUCCAUUCCUGAUUUGCCACAGGAGCUGAAGGCAACCCUGUCUGAAAAGGAGCUAUCAUUCAGAGAGCUACAACCUGCACUGGAAAAUUCUGAUCUUAACUUGGAAGUAUCGGAGAAUAGUAUUCUUGGUAGACAAAAUGAAGCUGCAGACCAAAGUCUUUCACGAUUAGGAAGCUCACGCUUAAAUGCACAUUCCCGAAAAAAGAGAUGGGACUACAUAAGGUACAGUGACAAGUGCUGUCACAUGGGCUGUACUAGGAAAGAGCUUCAUGAGUUAUGCUGAGAUGGAAAGUGUCGUGUGUGUCAUAUCUCCUGUCACGUGUAUUCCUGACGACACACCACUGUUGGUCCUGUCACCCCACUGAUUAUUAAAGUAUGAGAAAUCAUU